GCCGUCCAUGGCUUCCCAGCACAGCCUUGUGUUCCACACAGGCCAGGAGAAUGGGCACUCUGUCUCCAAGCCUUCUGGAGCUGCUGGGUGAUGCAGACGGAGAGCUGGUCGGCAUGACGCUCUCUGUGUUCACUAAUUUGCUCAAGAGCAGAGACAUGCUGGUAUCCAGCACCACUGCCCCGAAGCUGGCUGAGGCUCUCCUGCUGCUCUUCGACCACGUAAGGCUUUGUAUCCCCAGCCUGGGGCACUGGGUGCUGCCCAGAAACUUUGUGCACUGUGGUUUUUUGUACUCUUCAGGUGGGCCUGGAGUAGAUGGCGCUGAGGUUUUUUCUUUCAUUCAGGACAACAGCCACGUGCAGUUGCUUUCCCUUGACCUCUUCUUCAAGGUGAUGGAUUUGGUAGCAGAGGAGGGAAAAAAGCCUCUUAAGUCAGUGGUGUGCCAGAGCCUUCCUGCACUCUUCUUCCACUGCCAUGAUGAGAAUCAGCGUGUGGCAGAGGCCUCUCAGGAAACGCUGCAUUGUGCGGCCGGGUUCCUGCAGAGGAGGGAUCUCAAAGAGCUGGUGGAGGCAGAGAAGCUGUUGGCCUUUGCCGAGGUCUUGCUGGCAGAGGACACGAGCCGAGCGGCCGAGCAGCUGCGCCGGGCCCUGCGCUACCUGGAGAGCCCCCAGGAGCCCCUGCGAGAGGCGGCCAUCAGGUUCAUGGGGAUGGCCGGGCGGCACCUGAGGGGGCAGCCAAGAGAGCUCCUGAUGAUCUGCAGUGCCCUUGAACACCUGACCGAGGAUAUGAGCAGUGCCGUGUCAGAGGUGGCACUUCAAACACUGCAUGUCCUCCGGGCAAUUCAGCGUGGGCACUAUUCCAUCUUCCAGAGGCUGCAAGAUCAGCUGCGCAGGGCAUGGAAGAGUCGGCCUCGUCUGUCAGGGCUCGGCUGGCUGCAUUGCCGGAGCUCUGAGGAGAACUGAUGGGCAAGGCACACUUGGUGGGGGCAAU